UCCUCCUCUUCAUCCCCCCCAGCAAUCAACUACAUCCUCUCCUUCAUUCUCGUCGGCCUCGCCUGGGGCCUCACAACCCCCUUCAUCCGCCGCGCCGCCCGCGCCCACAAGCCGCAGCCUCACCCGCUCCUCGACAGCCCCUCCGUCAGGGCCAGCUGGCUCCGGUCCCGCCUCCUCGCCGCCCUCUUCGCCGCCCUCGACCUGCUGCGCAACCCGCGCUACGCCGUCCCGCUCGUGCUCAACCUCACUGGCAGCGUCUGGUUCUUUCUCCUCAUUGGCAAGGCUGAAUUGAGUCUUACCGUCCCGAUUGUGAAUGCCAUGGCCUUCCUGUUUACUGUUUUGGGCGAGUGGCUUGUCGAGGGCAAAGUCAUCAGUAGAGAGACUGGUAUUGGUAUGGUUUUGUCCUUGGCGGGAAUCGCCUUG